CAGAACUUGUAAACCUCUCUCUCUCUCUCUCUCUCUAUGGGAAGUGGAACAAGGCCCUUUACCUUGUCUUCAUGGGUCUUAGUUGCAGCCUUCUUAGGUAUUAACUUAUUAUCCAGUGAAAUUUGUAGCGCUAAAGAUAUCUACAGGUGUGCUCCUUCUUCCUGCGGCAACAUCCACAACAUAAGCUACCCUUUUCGACUAAACCGUGACCCAGAAUACUGCGGGGACUCGAGGUAUACGUUGCACUGCGACAACAACGUUACGGUAUUGCACCUACAUUCUGGAAAAUACUUGGUGCUGGACCUCAACUACGAUUCCACAUAUAUCCGAGUCGUAGAUCCUGGCCUUGAAAAGAACAAUUGCAAUUCCAUUCCUCGUUAUCCUUUAGCCUACUCUAACUUCAGUCUGGGGGAACUGUAUUAUCCGUUAAGUCAGUCUGUAGCUUUUUUCAAGUGUGCAAAUCCAGUGAAUUCAUCGCUCAACGUAGUGAUUGCUCCAUGCAUUAAUAAUCUGAGUAGGACAGGUUAUGUCAACAUUCACGAUACAAAGACGUCGGAUCUGGAGGAUGGGUGCAGUAUAGAGUGGACGACUAUGGCGAGUGAAUCCUUGGACGACCAAAAUUACCAAAACGUUUCUCACAGAUACAUAAACAUACACAACGCUUUGACGGACGGCUUUUUGCUUUAUUAUCGUAGCUCAGGUGUUGCCUUUGUUGAAUGUGGCCCACACCAAUGGAUCCCACUUGGUUCCAAGUGUAAGCCAGGUAGCUUUGUUUUGGAUCUGUUGAAGCUGAUUUACGAUUAUGAGGCGCAAUUCUUUAGCUCAGGUGAUCCAUGGCGAGGAAUUACGCUACUAAUAACCAUUAUCUUCGUACUACAUCUCAUGGUAAAAUUUAUACUGGCUCCAUUUGUGAUUGCGUUUUUGAUCUAUACAUGGCGGAAAAGACAUUCGUCAAUGUAUAGCACGAUCGAAAAUUUUCUGCAUGAUGAUAACAAUUUUCCGCCGAUAAGGUACUCUUACUUGGACAUUAAAAAGAUGUCUAACGAAUUCAAGAAUAAGUUAGGUGAAGGAGGCUUUGGCAUGGUAUUUAAAGGAAAAUUACGCAGCGGCCAUUUUGGAGCAAUUAAGAUGUUGAGCAAGUCCAAAGCUAAUGGGGAAGAUUUCAUUAGUGAGGUAGCUACCAUUGGAAGGAUUCACCAUGUUAAUGUGGUGCAACUUGUUGGUUAUUGUGUUGAGGGUUCAAAGCGUGCUUUAGUAUAUGAGUUCAUGCAAAAUGGAUCUCUUGAUAAAUACAUUUAUUCCAAAGAAGGGAAUAACUUGCUAAGUUACAAGAAAAUGUAUGAUAUUUCACUUGGAGUAGCUCGAGGGAUUGAAUAUCUACAUCAAGGUUGUGACAUGCAAAUUUUACAUUUUGAUAUCAAGCCUCAUAACAUCCUUCUUGACGAAAAUUUUGUUCCAAAGAUUUCUGACUUUGGGCUUGCGAAAUUAUAUCCUACAGUUAACAGUAUUGUCUUGUUAACGGCAGCAAGGGGAACAAUGGGUUACAUGGCUCCUGAGUUGUUCUACAAAAAUAUUGGUGGCGUCUCACACAAAGCUGAUGUCUACAGCUUUGGAAUGCUGUUGAUGGAAAUGGGAAGCAAACGAAAGAAUUUAAAUGCACGUGCAGAGCAUUCAAGCCAAAUUUACUUCCCGUCAUGGGUGUACGAUCAGUAUAAGGAGGGAAAGGAGCUGGAGAUGGAGGAUAUAACAGAGGAAGAAAAGAAAAUAGUAAAAAAGAUGGUUAUAACUGCCUUGUGGUGUAUUCAAAUGAAGCCAAGUGAUCGUCCGGCAAUGAACGAAGUUAUAAAGAUGCUCGAAGGAGAUGUUGAAAGCCUACGAAUGCCUCCUAAGCCUUUUCUGUGCCCUCAAGAGAUGUCUGUAGAUAUUCAUGAUAAUUUGAACCAUACAUGUUCUAACAUGGAGGUGACGUGUACUCUGUCACCUAGGUCAUGAUGAGGUAGCAACUCUUGUAAUUUUAUUCAAACACUCCAGUACUUGUGUAGCGUCUCUCUGCUUGUUUUCCGGGUUCUGAUGUUGGCUUUUCAUGUGGGUGUCUAAGAGUAGGGUUCGGCAUAUUUCUGCAUUUUAGUUUGGGUACUCUGUCUGGUUUCAGUUUC